ACCUCCUCCUCCUGCUCCUCCCUUGGACUUCACCAAAGGUGUCAAAGCAGGCUCUUCUUGAGCUGUGAUGGGGCCAGUGAUGAUGGCUUCACUGCCUCUUCUCCUCCUCUUCCUCUUCCUCCUCCCUCACUCCCUUGCUCUCCAACUGUGCACCGAUUCAAUGGCGCCUACGACCCUGAAAGCUCCUUUAUCCUUCUGUGCUUACGAUGGUAGCAGCUGCUGCAACUCGACCGAUGAUGCCGCACUCCGGAAGCAGUUUCAGUCUAUGAACAUCUCCGAUGCGGCCUGCGCGGCUGUCAUGAAAUCCAUCCUCUGCGCGCAAUGCGAUCCAUAUUCAGCUGAGUUGUUCGGAACUGAACCAAGGACAAGAACAAUUCCAUAUCUCUGCAACUCUACUGGCUCAGCAAGCUCUUCUCUGCACAACAACUCCAGCAAAGACUUCUGUAGAGAAGUGUGGGAUACUUGCAAAGAUAUUUCGACAAGGAAUUCUCCUUUUGCUGGGCUCCCAGUUUCUUCAUCCAAACUUACUGAUAUCUGGCAAUCUGCAACAGACUUUUGUAAAGCAUUUGGAGGAUCAUCUGGAGAUAAUACUCUAUGCUUCAAUGGUGACUCAGUUUCAUUCAACAGCAUCGCAGAUUCACCAACUCCUAAAGGUCUAUGUCUUGAGAGAAUUGGAAAUGGAUCUUACCUCAACAUGGUUGGUCACCCUGAUGGAUCAAAUCGUGUUUUCCUGUCAAACCAAGCUGGCAAAAUUUGGUUGGCAACUAUUCCAGAACAUGGAUCAGGUGGAACACUGGAACUCGAUGAGUCGAACCCAUUUCUUGAUUUAACUGAUGAAGUCAUCUUUGACACUGAACUUGGUCUAAUGGGUCUGGCAUUUCACCCAAACUUCACAACAAAUGGACGUUUUUUCGUUUCGUACAACUGCGAUAAGCUUCAAUCGGCAACCUGUUCUGGAAGAUGUUCAUGUAACUCUGAUAUAGGCUGUGAUCCUUCAAAACUUGGCACUGAUAAUGGUGCCCAACCAUGUCAAUACCAAACCGUUGUGGCUGAGUUCACUGCCAAUGAUUCCUCGACAACACCCUCCACAGCAUCAAGCGCGAAUCCAUUAGAAGUGAGGAGGAUUUUUACUAUGGGGCUUCCAUAUAUGGCUCAUCAUGGUGGCCAAAUUCUCUUUGGACCUGCAGAUGGCUAUUUAUACCUUAUGAUGGGAGAUGGUGGGAAUAUAGGAGAUCCUUAUAAUUUUGCUCAAAACAAAAAGGCAAUGCUUGGAAAAAUCAUGCGACUCGACAUAAACAACAUGCAGAGUCAGAAUCAAAUAAGUGAACUUGGUCUCUGGGGCAACUAUUCUAUACCAAAGGAUAAUCCCUACAUGGUUGAUAGCGAACUACAGGCUGAGAUAUGGGCAUUGGGUUUAAGGAACCCAUGGCGUUGCAGUUUUUAUGUAGAAAAACCAUCUUAUUUCUUCUGUGCAGAUGUUGGCCAGGAAUCAUACGAAGAAGUAAAUUUGAUCUCAAAGGGUGGAAACUACGGAUGGCGAGUCUACGAGGGACCUUAUCUUUAUCAUCCACCUCGGUCUCCCGGAGGUAAUACAUCACUUGGCUCCAUAAAUCCAAUCCUCCCUGUUAUGGGUUACAGCCGCUCCGAUAUAAACACCACUAUGGGCUCUGCAUCUAUCACCGGUGGUUAUGUCUACAGAUCAUUGACAGAUCCCUGCAUGUAUGGAAGGUACCUAUAUGCAGAUCUGUAUGGUGGAGCCAUGUGGGCAGGAAUAGAGGUCCCAGAAAACAGCGGAAACUACACCAGCACUAUGAUUCCCUUCAACUGUGCCAAAAACUCUCCUAUUCCUUGUGAUACGGUUCCUGGAAGUCCUCUCCCGUCCCUGGGAUUCAUAUACUCAUUUGGUGAGGACAAUAGAAAGGAUGUUUUCCUUCUUACAAGCGAGGGAGUGUACAGGAUUGUCCCACCGAGCCGCUGCAAUUAUGCUUGCCCAAAGGAGAAUACAACUGAUACUGGAAGUCCAGCUCCUGGCCAGUCUUCAUCUGCAUGUCAACUUGAGAUACUGCCGAGAAGACUGGUGUUGAUCCUGGAUAUGCUCCUCCUCCUCCUCCUCCUCCUCCGGUAGAGUUCUCAGUGAUAAGUUGAGGUAGAACCAUGUUUCAAUCUUACCAUAUCGACACUGUAGAUGAAAAUCUCGUUGGACAGUUGAGAAAAAUUCUUCCUUUUCACAUAUAUAAAUAAGACAUUGUGCUCAAUCAUUUGAAAGAUGUUUUGUGGAAUGAUUGUUUUAGAA